CUAGAUUUAUGGCAUACACCAUGGUGGAUCUGUGCUGGAAGCUGUCCGUCUGCUUUUUUUGCUAUCAAGUUGUCUCAGGAAGAGUUAAGAGGGAGGGGCAUUACGUUGCUGCUGUCUAUGAACACGAGUCCAUACUGAGUCCUAACCCGACAGCCCUCGUUGAUCGACAGUCUGCGCUGGAACUCAUGGGCAGAAACCUAGACAUCUAUGAACAGCAAGUAGUGGCUGCUGCAAGACAGGGAGCACAGAUCAUUGUUUUUCCUGAAGAUGGAAUCCAUGGCUUCAAUUUCACUAGAAGCUCCAUUUAUCCUUACUUAGAUUUUGUUCUGCAUUCACACUCUGUGAAGUGGAAUCCAUGCAGAGAGCCGUAUUUGUUCAAUGACACAGAGGUUCUUCAGCGUCUGAGCUGCAUGGCACUGAAGAACAAAAUAUUCCUUGUGGCAAACUUGGGAACUAAGCAACCCUGUGAAUGCACUGAUCCGCACUGUCCCCCUGAUGGAAGAUACCAGUUCAAUACCAACGUGGCAUUCAAUGAUGACGGUAUGCUGGUAGCCACAUAUCGCAAACAGAAUCUGUAUUUUGAAUACGCUUUUGAUACCCCUCCAGAGCCUGAUUAUAAACUCUUUGAUACCCCUUUUGCUGGCAAGUUUGGUAUGUUCACUUGCUUUGAUAUACUCUUUUUUGAGCCUGCAGUGAACCUCAUCAGGCAAUACAAUUUGAAACAAGUUGUAUAUCCAACUGCCUGGAUGAACCAGCUCCCGCUCCUGUCUGCUGUAGAAUUUCAACAAGCUUUUGCAACAGCUUUCAACAUCAAUGUUUUAGCAGCUAAUAUCCACCACCCUUCCUUGGGCAUGACAGGGAGUGGCAUAUACACUCCAGUCAAAUCGUUCAUCUACCACAACAUGGAAGGUUAUGGUGGCAAGCUCAUAGUAGCAGAAAUUCCCGUGAUUACCGCAGAUUACAAAACCAAUUUGGAGAGUAAUGAAAGAUUUGGAGAGAACUUGCAUCACUCGUGCAAGACUUUUACAAGCACCUCAAUGGAUGAUCAAGUUUGCUUUAAGGAGGAACAAGAGACCCCUGGCAGAGUAUCAGAAAAAGGAAAUGAACAGUUACCUCCCCUAUUUUAUGCAGAAAUGAUGUAUGACAACUUUACUUUCGUUCCUGUAUGGGGGGAAAAAGGAGAGCUCCAAGUUUGUGCCAAUACCCUUUGUUGCUACUUAAAUUAUCGGAAAGCUGUUUUAAGUGAUGAAUUAUAUGCUUUGGGAGUUUUUGAUGGGCUCCAUACAGUGCAUGGCACAUACUAUGUCCAGGCCUGUGCAUUAGUGAAGUGUGGUGGUCUCAGCUUUAGCACUUGCGGACAAGAGGUUACAGAUGCCACUGCUGUGAUAGAUUUCCAGCUAUGGGGAAAUAUGAGUACCCCUUAUAUCUUUCCUUUACUGCUGACAUCUGGUAUUACCUUGGACUUUGCUGAUCACAUGGGCUGGAAAAACAACCACUAUUUCAUAAGCAAAAAUAGAACAUCUUCUGGCCUACUGACAGCUGCUCUAUAUGGACGAUGGUAUGAAAAGGACUAGCACGGAUAUUGACUGAAUCAGAAAACAACCGCCCCUAUGUUCAGAGUAGAUAACAUAAGUUGUUGAACGUCUGUACUGCCUAGAGCUUCAGGUAUGUUUGUUACCUGACUGACUGAUAGAUUCCACAUUUGAAAUGAUAA